AUGGAGGUGCUCCGCUGCCACCAGGACUUCCAGAUGUGCGAUGACGAUGGCCUGCUGCGCGCCUAUGUCACCAAGUACGUGAGCAAGUUCUCGGACGCGGCCAGCGAGGAGUGGCUCAACGACGACGCCGAGGCCAUGGGCAUCGCCGCCACCGUCCUGAUGCGCUACAGGCCGCUCGAACCCGAGAUGGUGCUGCAGCUCUUCGGCGCCAAGUUCCGGCAAUGGCACCUCUCCACCGUCAGCGGCGGCAAGCGCGAUUUGGUCGCACCUUACCCCGACCAGGAUCCCAAGACGCGGGAGGUGGAGCUGUACGAGAAGACGGAGUGGGCUCGCGGCCGCAUCAGCCUCCUUGACUACCUCCGCAAGACGACCGCCGAGGGGAAGAUCUGCCACUGGCUGAAGAAGAAGCACCAGCAGUCCGAAAGCGAGGCCACCCUCGAGGAGUUCGCGGCCAAUUACGUGAUGCAGGGCGAGAAGGUGGUGGCUGCGGAGACGGUCUCCAAGUUGAGCGACCGCUACUUCGGCCAGUGGCUCAUGCUUAACGUGCCGUUCGAGAAUGCCGCAGAUUUCUGCUUGCCCGACGAUGUGGCCAGGCGGCUGCCGGAGGCCCACAAGUACUUUGCCAUGGCGGUCCUCUGCGAGCACCCCGUAGCGCAGGCGAUGUGGCACGAUGAUGACAAGAUCCGCACAGAGCUGAAGAUGGAGGCCCACACUAAGGAUCACGUGGACACCAUCCUGGCCAUGAUCCGGGCGCACCGCGGCUUGCUUCAGGACUACCUCGAUGGCUCCCUGGAUGCCCGGGCUGAGCGGCAGGUCCAGGACAAUCGCCACGUCAAGAAGAAGGCCAAGUCCAGCAAGCCCGGGGUUCUGCCAGACCCUAGCAAGUUCAAUCGGCAGCAGCGCCGUUUCAAAGACCUCGUGGACAACGCGGUGGACCGUGCGCUGGCUAUCGAGGAGGCGGAUGAAGGCGAGGCGGACCGUCUGCGACAGGAGGCGCAGGGCAGCAAGGCCAACAUCUGCCUCGGGCCACCUGGGACCGGCAAGACCACGGUAAUCUUCUCGUGCAUCGACCGCGCCUUGGCCAGGGGUGGCAAGGUGCUGAUGGCCUUGCCGACGGCACAGUUGGCCAGCCGCAUGAAGGCACGCUAUGGGGACAGAGUGGACAUCGACACCUGCCACGCGGCCUUUGGUCUGCACGAGGCUGCAGAGCACGGCGAGGCAUCUUUGUUAAGCAUUUACUCCUUGGUCGUCGUGGACGAGCUCUCGCAGCUCGAUAUGGUCAACUUCGACAAGAUCCUGCGGCUCUGGGCGGCUGCCGAGCGCGUGCCGGCCCUAGCCCUGCUAGGCGACCGGUACCAGAUGGCGGGCAUGGGCGAACAGCGACCGUGGCACUCGCGCCUCUGGACGACCAUGUGCUACCGGGUGGCCCUUCACAAGAUGUACCGCUGCAAGGACAAAGUGCAUGCGAAGUUGCUAGCAGUGCUGCGGACCAGCAAGCCCAACAACAAGCUCCUCAGGCAACUCCGUAAGAAGCUGGCAUGGCGACCGCCGGGCAAGCCCACAGUCAAGGCACUUAGGAAGCUCUUGAAAUGUAGGCCUGAUACCACGAUCCUCACAUGCACUAGGCGGGGGGCUGCUGUAGUGAAUAAGGUUGCCCUGCAAGCCCUCUUCCCUCACUAUCCACCCGUAGCAACCUUGCCUGCUGACGUGGACUCCAACCCCGAGAAUUACGCACAGGGCAAGUUGAGGCCGGUCGCAGAGUUGGAGCCAUCGGCGAUGCCCGUGUACAAGGGCAUGCGAGUUUACCUGACGCGCAACGUGCGGAAGGAUGUCGACUUUGUCAACGGCAUGGAGGCAACGGUCCUCAAGUAUGACAACCUCACUGGCGGGCUGCUGGUGCGCACCGUCACCGGCUAUGUGGUCAGCGUGUGGCCUUGGACCGAUCCGGACCGGGGCGGCCUCGCCUACUACCCUGUCAGGCCCGGCUACGCCUCCACCAUCCUGAAGUUUCAGGGCGCAGAGCUUCCCCACGUGGUCGUCUACUUGGACGCUCCCAAGGUUCCGGCAGCUGCUUACACCGCCAUCAGCAGGGUCGGCUACUACAAAGACUUCUUGUUGGCGGGCAUCUUGACAGCCGACCAUUUCACGCCGGCCAGAUGA